AUGCGUGCCUCUACUCUUAGCCUCAAGGCUGCAACAGCCGCCCUCAUCCUCGCCAGCGCCGCCAAUGGUCAGGAAAUUCCACCUGACUUCACCAUCAGCUCCGAUACCCAGCUCCUCGCCGCCUACGGUACUCCCCCAGAUGUCACCGUCGUCGAGCCUGGCGUCCUCCUCGACUUCGCCAUUCCCCGGCCCACCCCUCCCGCUCUCGGCCUCGCCGCUAUCCCCAGCGGUACCACAGGCCCCUACAUGAUCGUCAUGACCGACCCGGACGCGCCGUCCCCCCAGAACCGCUCCUCAUCUGAGAUCCUGCACUGGAUCCAGUUGGACGUCGCUCUCACCGUCAACCUGUCUCCCUCUGGAUCCGGCGCCGCCGCCUUCCCGUACGUUCUCGCGAACACUUCGGCCCCGCUUGUGCCCUACGCGCCCCCGGGGCCGCCUGCGGGCUCGGAUCCGCACAGGUACAUCUUCUUCCUGUGGGAGCAGCCCGAGGGCUUCGCGCUCCCGGAGGGGUACACGCAGUUCAAUGCCACCAAUAGGCGGCUAUUUAAUGUCUCGGGCUUCGCGGCCGCGGCUGGGUUGCCCGAGCCGCUUGCGGCCAACUAUUUCUUGUGUGAGAGGCCGGAUAACGCGACCGCGACGGCGACGGCGACGAGCAGCGGUGUGGCGGGAGCGACGAGUGCGGCAGGAAGCGCGACCACUUCGUCACCGGCUCAGUUCACGGGUGGGGCGGUGGGUUUGAGUGUUGGCGGUGCAGGUGUCUUGGGGGUGGUGGGUGCGUUGGCCGCUGCGCUUUUGUGA